AUGCGUGGCGCCAGCGAGUCGCGUGAGACGUCGCUGGAGCGCGUCGUGCCGAAUGGAUGGAGCGCGGGCCAUGAGGUGCCGUGGAGCGAUGCAGCGAGCCAGGACGACCCGUUGAAUCCAGAAGCGACCUCGGAUCCGCUGGAUCGGCGGAGCGCGAUGCAGAGCAUGGCUGCCGCUACAGAAGCGGCGGUGAAUGCAGGGAGCAGAUCGACGAUGGGCAUUGAAAUGGCGAAUCUGGGCGGCGAGCAGAUGGUGCAGCACAUGCCGGCGGAGUGCGCGUCGCUCUUCGCGAGUCUGCAGCAGUGCAUGCGCCUGCGCGACAAGUACAUAGACACGAGCCUGCAGGGAAGUCUUUUUGACAACCCCAAGAACUGGGACGCUGAGUUUUGCGAGCAGUGGUCCGACGCGACGGGCCAGCCGACGACUAAUCCUAGCGACACGACAAACGACGGCACGGCGCAUGUCGACGGAUGCGCGUGGAACGAACAAGGCGACCACCCACAGCCAUGGAAAGUGUACCCUGCGCCGCCGCGGCCGCACUGGGAGCAUUUUUCGCCCGCGCCCGCAUCUUCAUUUGUCGUGCGCCCCGGCGGCGCAACACUCCAAGACGCCGUCCCUCCUGCGUCGCAGGCGAAUGCAGCUGCGGCGCAGUGGCUCGUAGAGCACAGCGGCGGCAAACCCGGCGUGUUCCGCAUGGAGGAUAUCGUGAUUCCAGGACCGCAUAGUGUAGCAGGCCACGCGACACAUUUUCGCAUGGAGCACGGCGUGUACAAGGCAUGGUACGACACCGAGGACGAAGCGCACGGCGAACGGCACGAAGCCCCACACUACAUUACCCACGUCCCCUCGAGCACCGAAUUUUUCCGCGACUUGGACUUUCUGCAGAGCAUCACUGCCGACGGGCCCGCCAAGACGUUUGCAUGGCGCCGCCUCAAGUAUUUGGAGAGCAAGUGGAACAUGUACAAGCUGCUCAACGAGUACCGCGAACUGGACGCAAUCAAAAAGGUGCCGCACCGCGACUUUUACAACGUACGCAAGGUCGACACGCAUGUGCACCACAGCGCGAGCAUGAACCAAAAGCAUCUCCUGCGGUUCAUCAAGUCCAAGAUCAAGCGGCAGCCAAACGACAAAGUAAUUGUGCGCAAUGGCGAGGCCAGAACGUUGCAGCAGGUGUUUAGCUCGCUGGGACUGACCGCGUACGACCUGAGCAUCGAUACGCUCGACAUGCACGCGCACCAAGACGCGUUCCACCGCUUCGACCGCUUCAAUCUCAAGUACAAUCCUAUUGGCGAGUCGCAGCUCCGCGAGAUCUUCCUCAAGACAGACAAUUCCAUCCACGGGCGGUACCUUGCGGAGAUUACCAAAGAGAUUGCAGAAGAUCUCGAGGCAAGCAAGUACCAAAUGUCCGAGUACCGCAUCUCCAUUUACGGUCGCAGCAUGGACGAAUGGGACAAGCUCGCGAGCUGGGUAGUCGACCACCGCCUCUUUAGCCACAACAUUAGGUGGCUGAUCCAGGUACCGAGAUUGUACGAUGUAUACAAGGCGAACAAUAACGUGGAUAACUUUGAAGACGUGCUUCGCAACGUCUUCCAGCCUUUGUUUGAAGCGACACAGAAUCCUGCGUCGCAUCCCAAGAUGCACAUCCUUCUCCAGCGCGUCGUUGGGUUUGAUCUCGUCGACGACGAAAGCAAGCCGGAGCGCAGGUUUUUGCGCCAGUUUCCUCCGCCGCACCAGUGGAACUAUGCACAAAGUCCGCCAUACGCAUACUGGAUGUACUACAUGUUUGGCAACAUGGCAAACUUGAACCAGUGGCGCAAAAUCCGUGGGUUCAACACGCUCGUCCUUCGGCCCCACGCGGGCGAGGCCGGCGAUCCAGACCAUUUGGCAGCGACGUACCUCACUUCCCACUCCAUCUCGCACGGGAUACUCUUGCGCAAAGUGCCUGUGUUGCAGUACCUUUACUAUUUAAAGCAAAUCGCGCUCGCCACGUCUCCGUUGAGCAACAACGCACUCUUCCUCGCCUAUGAACGGAACCCAUUUCCCGAGUACUUCCGCAAAGGGCUGGUCGUCACUCUUUCCACCGACGACCCGCUCCAGUUUCACCUGUCCAAGGAACCCCUCUUGGAAGAAUAUAGCAUCGCGACGCAGAUUUACAAGCUCACCUCCACGGACAUGUGCGAGCUUGCGCGGAACAGUGUCAUUCAAUCUGGCUGGGAGAUGGAACUGAAGCGGCACUGGCUCGGCUCCAAGUUUUUCCUGCCCGGACCCGCUGGGAACGACGUGGCCAAGACAAAUGUACCCAACAUCCGUUUGCGCUACCGCAACGAGACGCUCAAGCAGGAGCUUGCUUUUAUUUGGCAAUCGGUAGACCUAUAG